UUCCUCUCGGCCCCCGCAGAUCCCGUGAGCCCCCAAAUCGCAGUCAGGGGAAAAAAGCCCAACCCCUGCAUUAGGGUCCCCUCCCCUCCCUGCAGCACCUGGCCCCCCGAGUCACCCGAUUGGCCGGCGACCCUCCCCAGCGCCCGGCUGCGUUGACGUCACGCUGCAGAGGCCCGGAUGGGGUGGGCAGGCGCGAGCCACCUAGGACGCCGGGUCUGCCUUCGCCAGCACCCGACUCGGCCAGAGGACUCGGGGCUGCUCGCCGCGCUUCUGCUUUGCGCCCCCCUCUCCAACUUGGGGAGCCCCUGCCCCUUGCCUCCCCGGGGCAUCUCCCAGGGGGCCUGCCCCGCUUGCCCCGCACCAUGACCCCCCUGCUGCUGCCCCUCCUUCUGGGGUCUCUGCUGCCCCCCAGCUCCUGCAAUAAAGCUAACAAGCAUAAGCCAUGGAUUGAGGCGGAGUACCAGGGCAUCGUCAUGGAGAAUGACAACACCGUCUUGCUUAACCCCCCACUCUUUGCCUUGGAUAAGGACGCUCCCCUCCACUAUGCAGGAGAGAUCUGUGGCUUCCGGCUCCACGGGUCUGGCGUGCCCUUUGAAGCUGUGAUCCUGGACAAGGCGACCGGGGAGGGGCUGAUUCGGGCCAAGGAACCUGUGGACUGUGAGGCCCAGAAGGAGCACACGUUCACCAUCCAGGCCUACGACUGCGGCGAGGGCCCUGAUGGUGCCAACACCAAGAAGUCCCACAAGGCCACCGUGCACGUGCGGGUAAAUGACGUGAACGAGUUUGCACCAGUGUUUGUGGAGCGGCUGUACCGCGCUGCCGUGACCGAAGGGAAACUGUACGACCGCAUCUUGCGGGUGGAAGCCAUCGACGGCGACUGCUCCCCCCAGUACAGCCAGAUCUGCUACUACGAGAUCCUCACGCCCAACACCCCCUUCCUCAUCGACAAUGACGGGAACAUCGAGAACACGGAGAAGCUGCAAUACAGUGGCGAGAAGCUCUACAGGUUCACAGUGACGGCCUAUGACUGUGGCAAGAAGCGUGCUGCUGAUGACGCUGAGGUGGAGAUCCAGGUGAAGCCCACCUGUAAGCCCAGCUGGCAAGGCUGGAACAAGAGGAUAGAGUAUGCACCGGGUGCGGGGAGCCUGGCUUUGUUCCCUGGCAUCCGCCUGGAGACCUGUGAUGAACCCCUGUGGAACAUUCAGGCCACCAUCGAGCUGCAGACCAGCCACGUGGCCAAGGGCUGUGACCGGGACAACUACUCUGAGCGUGCGCUCCGGAAACUCUGUGGUGCAGCCCCGGGGGAGGUGGACCUGCUGCCCAUGCCCGGCCCUAACGCCAACUGGACAGCAGGCCUCUCAGUGCACUACAGCCAGGACAGCAGCCUCAUCUACUGGUUCAAUGGCACCCAAGCUGUGCAGGUGCCUGUGGGUGGCACCGCCGGCCUGGGUUCUGGGUCCCAGGACAACCUGAGUGAUCAUUUCACCCUGUCCUUCUGGAUGAAGCAUGGCGUGACUCCCAACAAGGGCAAGAAGGAGGAGGAGACCAUUGUGUGCAACACUGUACAGAACGAGGAUGGCUUCUCACACUACUCUCUGACGGUCCAUGGCUGCCGCAUUGCCUUUCUGUACUGGCCCUUGUUGGAGAGUGCCCGCCCCGUCAAGUUCCUCUGGAAGCUGGAGCAGGUCUGUGAUGAUGAGUGGCACCACUACGCUUUGAACCUUGAGUUCCCCACCGUUACGCUCUAUGCCGACGGCAUCUCCUUUGACCCGGCCCUAAUCCAUGAUAACGGUCUCAUCCACCCUCCCCGAAGGGAGCCUGCUCUCAUGAUUGGGGCCUGCUGGACUGAGGAGAAGAACAAAGAGAAGGAGAAGGGAGCUGACAAUAGCACAGACCCCUCACAAGGAGACCCCUUGCUGAUCCACCACUAUUUCCACGGCUACCUGGCUGGUUUCAGCGUGCGCUCAGGCCGCCUGGAGAGCCGCGAGGUCAUCAAGUGCCUCUAUGCAUGUCGGGAGGGGCUGGACUAUAGGGAUUUCGAGAGCCUGGGCAAAGGCAUGAAGGUCCACGUGAACCCCUCGCAGUCCCUGCUCACCCUGGAGGGGGAUGAUGUGGAGACCUUCAACCAUGCCCUGCAGCACGUGGCUUACAUGAACACUCUGCGCUUUGCCACGCCUGGCGUCAGGCCCCUGCGCCUCACCACUGCUGUCAAGUGCUUCAGUGAAGAGUCCUGUGUCUCCAUCCCCGAAGUGGAGGGCUAUGUCGUAGUGCUACAGCCUGAUGCCCCCCAGAUCCUUCUGAGUGGGACAGCUCAUUUUGCCCGCCCAGCUGUGGACUUUGAGGAGCCUGAGGGGGUCCCCUUGUUCCCUGAUCUUCAGAUCACCUGUUCCAUUUCUCACCAGGUGGAGGCCAAAAAGGACGAGAGCUGGCAGGGCACAGUGACAGACACACGCAUGUCUGACGAGAUUGUGCACAACCUGGAUGGCUGUGAGAUCUCUCUGGUGGGCGAUGACCUGGACCCUGAGAGGGAGAGCUUGCUCCUGGAUGUGGCAACCCUGCAGCAGCGGGGACUGGAGCUCAGCAACACGUCUGCCUACCUCACCAUUUCCGGCGUGGAGAGCAUCACAGUGUAUGAGGACCUGCUGCGCCAGGCCCGCUACCACCUGCGCCAGGGAGCUGCGCUCUAUGCCAGGAAGUUCCGCCUCUCCUGCUCCGAGAUGAACGGCCGCUACUCCAGCAAUGAGUUCAUCGUGGAGGUCAGCGUCCUGCACAGCGUGAACCAGGUGGCCCACCCCAGCCACGUGCUCAACUCCCAGCAGUUCCUGCACCAUGGCCACCAGCCGCCCCCUGAGAUGGCUGGACACAGCCUGGCUAGUUCCCACCGGAACUCUAUGGUCCCCAGUGCAGCCACACUCAUCAUCGUGGUGUGUGUGGGCUUCCUGGUCCUCAUGGUCAUCCUGGGCCUGGUGCGUAUCCACUCCCUGCACCGCCGGGUCUCUGGGACCAGUGGGCCCCCGGGGGCCUCCAGUGACUCCAAGGACCCCGACCUCUUCUGGGAUGACUCUGCUCUCACCAUCAUCGUGAAUCCCAUGGAGUCCUACCAGAGUCGGCAGACCUGUGUGGCGGGGGCCCCUGGGGUCCAGCAGGAGGACGAGGACAGCAGUGACUCGGAGGCAGCCGACUCCCCCAGCAGCGAUGAGAGGCGCAUCAUUGAGACCCCUCCUCACCGUUACUAAGGGCCAUGCCCCUCUUCACAUAGGGGGUAAACUCCGUGUUGGUGGGACAGAGGCAUCACCAGAAGAGAAGAGACAAGGACAUUGGGAGACAUGAGAAAUGGAGAGGAAGUCUGUCCUUCCAUCUUGAAAUCCCACUCCCCUCACCCCCAACCCCCUGCUCAUCUCCCUUUUGAGCCUUGGGGCUCUUGAUCCCAAACCCAGGUGGGGGAAGACUUCCACUGCCUUUUCUGGGCCCUGAGGCAGCUCCCCACCCCACCCCCAGCUCUUCCAUUUCUCUGCCUCUUUCAUGCAACACCCCCAUCCCGGUCCCAGCAGUACAUUCACUGAAUUGGGGUACAUCAGUAGCAAUGGCAAGAGCUGGGGGUGGAGCUUAAGAACUGAACCCCUACUCUGCCCUUUCUACCCUUCAGCCCCCUCUUCCAGGGUCCUGCAGCUGGAUCUCCCCUGCUUCUCUAAUGACCCCCCAUCCCUCUUCCCAUUUCACUCUAGGGACCCUUGCUUCUUCCCGUCGCCCACUGCCCUUUCUUGCCCCUCGCCCCUCUCCCCUGGCUGAGGUCCCACAGCCUCCAGAGUGAGCCGAUGCCGGCUCCCCCCUACCCCCCGUGUAUUAUAUAUGAUGUAUAUUUUUUCAUGUCGCCGUGAGCGCAGCCUCUGUGCUGUGUGUGCAGUUCACAGCCUCGUGUGUGCGUGUGGCAUCAUCAUGUCUAGGGCUGGGGUGUGGGUGUGGGUGUGGGUGUGACACUGCACCCAGGGGUUUUCAAAUAAAACAACCAUCCAAAGCUC